AUGUCUCUCUCUGAACUUGGCGGCUUUCUCUUCUCUCCUUGUAAAGGAAAAUCUUCCUUGGAGGAAGCGACGGAGCGCUGCUUUGUCCAGAGAGGUCCAGAAGGUGAGCUGAUACCGAACCAUCUCGCAUUAGCACUGGUGAAAGCAGAAAUGGGACGCCAUUCUGAAGCCAGUGCUUUUUUCCUAGAAGGAUUUCCAAGGGAAGCUCGGCAAGUUGAAGACUUUGAAAAAGAGGUAAAGUCUGUGAAUAUGGCACUGAUCCUCGACUAUGACGAGAAAACUUUACGAGAGCAUAUGGAAAAACGAGGAAUGGGAAUGGAAAUCAUAGAUCAACGGAUUAAAGUGCUUGAGUCACCGUUAAUAGUUGCUUCAUUAGACUUACCACGUCGAUUUUCAGCUGAAAAGGAUUUCAUCGGUUUUUUUUUGGAACCGUAUCUUGAAGCUGAGAAAAACUGGACGGCCAGAGUAGAACGUGAUGUCCCAAACAACUAUAGAUUUUCGGAUAUCUGGAUGUUCUUCGUUAGAACGUAA